AUGAGACUAUCUGGGCAAUGUUUAUUAUUUGUGGCGUUGACGGCGGCUGCCAUUCCCCAAAGCGCAGCGUUUGUUCCCAGCAGGACAUUGUUGGUUACCCAACCCAAGAAUACCGAGCCUUCGACCACCAGAAUCAAUGCCGGACGACUGCCACCUCCUCCGCCGCCACCGCCCGAAUCCAAUGACUUGUUCGCAGGACUCUUGAAAAGUCUACAAGAUGGAGCCUCGUCGACGACCAAUAAUUUGGAAGUUCCCAAAGUCCAAGUUCCUAGCAUCGACUUGCCCCAUCUGCCCGACUUGCCCAAUCUCGAUCUGCAAGCACUGCUGGCUCCAGUGGGACAACUGUUGGAUUCAUCGUCCGAUCAAUUGGCAUCCGCCCAACAAUUUCUUCAGGAAAAUCUGCAACCAUUUUUGAGUGACAAUUAUCCACAACUCCUGCCCGCCUAUCAGACCUUUUGGAACACUCUUCAACAAUUGUCCCUCGAUAGUCCGUAUGCCCCCGCGGCGGCCAUUGUCGUGUCGACGUUACUCAUUCAAUCCCUCGUCGAUCCGUUUCGUGGUAUGGGACCCCAACAGCCGUAUCCGCAAGGUCGAUACGAUCCUGAUACCGCCAAAACCUAUUUUGAUCGUCGUCCCGCCAUGGUUGCCGCCCGUGGAUUGCAAGUCGUGACACAAUCCCUGUCGUUUGCCGCUUCCUUUUUGAGCGAUUAUAUGCAAGAACAACAACAACAAGGCAAUCCGAUUUCGCCGGAACAAGCCGAACAACGUGGACAAGAAUUGGCCACGCUGUUGGUGCGAUUGGGCAGUACGUAUAUCAAGGUCGGACAGAGUCUCUCCAUUCGAACGGAUUUGUUGAGUCCACCGUAUAUUCGUGGAUUGCAAACGCUGCAAGAUCGAGUCCCCCCCUUUGACAGUGACAAAGCAUUUGAAAUGAUUGAAGAAGAAUGGGGACGACCAUUGGAUCAAAUCGUGUCCGAUAUUACUCCCGUGCCUGUGGCCAGCGCCAGUUUGGGACAAGUGUACAAGGCCACUCUGAAAGAUACCGGUAUCGAGGUCGCCAUCAAGGUGCAACGACCCGAUAUUAUGGAACAGAUUGCACUGGACAUGUACGUGUUGCGAGAAUACAUUGCUCCCACGGCAAAGACUGUCGGUAAACUCAACUCGGAUACCGUGGGGACGGUCGAUGCCUGGGGACUGGGGUUUGUCGAUGAAUUGAAUUACAUUCAAGAAGCACAAAAUGCUCAAUUCUUUACCGAACAAAUUGCCAAGACACCACUCAAGGAUGUCGUCUUUAGUCCCACGGUUGUGGAAGAGUAUUCCACAGCGCGCGUGCUGGUUACUGAAUGGGUCGAUGGAGAACGAUUGGACAAGAGUUCCAAGGAAGAUGUGACCACCUUGUGUAGUAUUGCCAUGAAUACCUAUCUGACCAUGUUGUUGGAAAUUGGAAUGCUCCACUGUGAUCCCCAUCCCGGAAAUCUGUUACGGACACCCGAUGGACGACUGGCCAUUUUGGAUUGGGGCAUGAUUACCCAACUCGAUGGAGACAUGCAACUCACAUUGAUUGAACACAUGGCGCAUUUGACCAGUGCCGAUUACGAAGAGAUUCCUCGGGAUUUGCUCUUGCUUGGAUUUAUUCCCGAAAAUAAAAAGCACUUGAUCAACGACAGUGGUGUGGUCGAGUUGCUGGCGGAAAUCUAUUCCACUUGGACUGCCGGAGGUGGAGCCGCGGCAUUCAACGUCAAUGAUGUCAUUAACAAGCUGCAAGAUUUGACGGCCAAAAAGGGAAAUCUCUUUCAGAUUCCGCCCUACUUUGCCUACAUUGCCAAGAGUUUUUCUGUUUUGGAGGGCAUUGGUCUCUCCAACGACCCCAAGUACUCCAUCAUUAACGAUUGUCUCCCCUACGUGUCGCAACGACUCUUGACGGACAGCGAAAGCAUGCAGUCGGCAUUGAAUACAUUCAUCUUUGGGCCCGACAAGAAUAGCGAAUAUCGUAUUGUGGACUAUGACCGUGUCGAACAGCUCGUGACCGGCUUUGGCGAAUACACGACAUCUGCCAGCGGAGCCCUGUUGGGCAAGGAAGAUCUGUCGCGCACACAAGUGUUGGAAAGUGCCACCGACCAGCUGUUGGAUUUGAUUUUCACCGAAGAGGAGACGCCACUGCAGGCGAUCAUGUUGGAACAGUUGGCCAAGAUUACGGCGUCCACAAGUCGAUCAUUGUGGACCGAAAUGCGAGAACGAUCGGGUACGCUGCCGUCGGGAAGGACCGUUCUUGGAACACUGAUUGAUCCCAUUGGUCUGUGGAGGACGAGUCCUCUGGUGCGAAUGAACGAAUUGGAUGAAAAGACCGUGGAAACGACUCGCAAGUUGUUCGUAUUGGUACAGGAACAGGCACAAUCCACGAGCCACUUGGAUCUCGACCUUACUACGUUGACGCCCGAAGAGGUUGUCGAGGUAUCGUCAAUGCUGGUGCGCAAGGUGUGGGACAAGCGCAUGGGUGUUGUGCAGACGGGUGGUCGUUUUGCACGACAACUCCUGGAACUGACAGCCAUGAAACUGGAACGGGGUGAACGGGACACUCGAAAGCUCCCCGCUGCGGCUGACGAUAACGAGAGCAGCAACGGCACUGAAGACGAGUCGGAACCGACGCCUCUGCUCGCACCCGAGAGGACCACACCACCGGUAAUGUUGGCUCGCAAUCGUGCGUCCGCAACACCUAGCCCUAGGCUGCAAGAGGCAAGGCAGCUGUUGAAUCGUUUGCAGAAUGAAGACUGA